GCAUGAAAAGGUACAGUUUAAGUCAGUGGGUUCAGGAUGUGGUUAAAAGUAGCAUUCGGCAUACUCCUUGCCAUAACUUUAACUUUCGGUAGCCCGUUGAGUGCAUUACAUAACGAUGAUGUAGUAGUCGAGGAAUCAAAGUAUAGAACAGUGAAAAGCGAUGAAUCGGUGAUUUCACCGCUAUAUGUGCCAACAACUUAUCGUCUUCCAAAUAACUCAAUUCCACUACACUACGAUCUGUUCAUAACAACGGACAUCGAUAAAGGAACAUUUGAUUUUACUGGCAGUGUUAAAAUUCACAUUCAAAUCGUCAAUGAAUCGCAAGAAAUCAUACUGCAUUACCGUCAGACGACCAUCGACGUUAUAAAUUUGUUAAAUGUCGACGGAUCAGCAAUCGUAGCUCAAGAUUUACCGUACGAACAAAUUGAAGCCUACGACUUUUUGGUCAUCACACUGCCAAAUACAGUCUACCCUAACGAUGAGCUUGUACUCGAAAUCAACUAUUUCAACGAACAUCGAUCAAAUGGUGCUGGAUUUUAUCGUGGAAGCUAUGUGAACACGGAUGGAGUCACGGUGUGGUAUGCCACAACACAAUUCGAAAUCGAUGAUGCUCGCCAUGCAAUGCCCUGUUAUGAUGAGCCAGGCAUUCGGGCACCGAUCAGUGCUACUCUGCGACACGGCCGCACGUAUACAGCCGUUUCGAAUACAGAUGUGGAGUCAACAACCGAAGAUGGAGAGUAUUUGAUCACCAAAUUUUUUGAAACACCUCCCAUUCAAACGUACUUGCUUGCGUUUCUGGUGUCAGAUUUUGAAUAUGUCAAUGCGACCGAUACCAGAAUUCCACAGAAAAUUUACGCACGACCGGAGUUAAUCCGAAAUGGUUUCGGUGACUUCGCUGCAACUGUAGUCGGACCGAUAUUGAAGGGUCUCGAGGAUCAUAUUGGUGUUGAUUAUCCGAUAACGAAAAUGGAUCAUGCAGCACUAACCUUAUUCAAUUUUGGUGCUAUGGAAAAUAUUGGUUUGAUAACGUACACUGAAAAUGGACUACUUUUGGACCCGAACACGGCGCCAGCUUCUCAAGAAAGCAGACGAAUGAGCAUUACAAGACUGAUAGCCCAUGAAUAUGUGCAUCAAUGGUUCGGGAAUAUCGUCAGUCCAACUUGGUGGCAAUAUGUUUGGUUAAAUGAAGGCUUUGCUACUCUGUUUCAAUCUUAUAUAUCCGAUCUGGUCUACCCGGGAAUGAAUUUCUUAAACAAUUUCAUCACAAAUGACAUGCCACGCGCAUUCUCCGUAGAUGUCCUAUCGCAAAACUCAUGGGCAAUGAAUCAUUACACCGACGAACCAGCACGAUUGUGGGAUAAAUUCGGUGGCAUCGGCUACCAAAAAUCCGGAUGUGUAUUGAGAAUGUUCCAAGCAACGUUAACACCGGAGACGUUUGCUAAAGGAUUGAACUACUACCAAACCACUAUGUAUAUGAAAGCGGCAACACCCGAUGACCUACACGCCGGUUUGCAACAGGCGUAUGAUGAAGAUUACCCGGGUAACACUUUGAAUGUCAACGAAUUGAUGCAUUCAUGGGAAGAUCAACCUGGUUAUCCAUUGAUUUCGGUUCGCGUAUCGAACAACGAUUUAGUAUUCAGUCAGAGAAGAUAUCCGGACAGCGCUGGUGAGAUUUAUUCUGUUCCAUUGACAAUGGCCACAAAAUCGAAUGUAGCCUUCGAUCGUAAAACGCCUACCGUCUGGUUACAUAGCGCGGAGGAUGUCUUUGCGCAAUCUCAAUUGAAUUACGCAUCUGGCGAUUGGAUUGUAUUGAAUACGCAACAAAUUGGUUACUAUCGCGUUGACUAUGAUACCAGUUUAUGGCGUGCGAUAAUCAAUCAACUAACGGAAGAUCACACCUUGAUUCAUGCAAUUAACAGAGCUGUUCUACAAGACGAGAUCUACUUAUCACUGACUGAUUCAACCUUGAAUCGUGUCACUGUGGCUGAUUGCCUAAAUAUCUUGCAAUAUUUCGGAAAGGAGGAUGAACCGAUUGCAUGGUCCAAGGCGAAUGCAUUGAUCAGUCUACUAAACAGACGGUUGCUUGGCACUACAAAGUAUGAAGAUUUCUUACAGUUUUUGCGAGAAAUCACCACACCGCAUCUGAGCGCCAUUGGCUACGAAGCGGUAGACUUUGAAGCAUCAGUAACCACUUCUUUGAGAAGUUCAACGAAAUCUUGGAAUUGUCUUGCACUGAAUGAUGCGUGUCUAACCAACGAAUAUGACAAAUUCCUGCAAUUUUACAAUACCGGAUCGAGCGCUUCGUUUGAUUAUUGCCAUGCUCUGAGAAAUCUCAAUGCCGACACUUAUCAGACUAUUGUUAAUGGUGUGGCUACAGAUUCGAGCUACAGCUCUCGCACAAACUAUCUAAAUAAUUUGGGAUGUUCGCUGAACGAAGUUAAUUUGAGAAACUUCCUGGAUAUCACAAUCUCAACGAAUAUUUUAACAGCAGAAGAACGACAAAAUAUUUUCAUAAAUACAAUGGGCAGAAGCUCGCUGGCAUUGGGAGCAACAAUUGCAUUUAUUGAUGAAAAUUAUGCAGCAUUAAGCACACGAAUCAGUUCUCUUAAUGACCUUCUAAAAUCGCUGGCACCACUACUCAAUUCGAACGAGAAUAUCGCACAGUUCCAGACGUUAGUAAAUAAAUUAGUUGAAUAUGGAAUAUCACUGGACGUAUCGCAAAUUGAAGCACUUUAUAUGGAUGGCGUGAGCUGGCACAACAAUCAUUUCCAAGCGAUCAUCGAUUGGUUUGGUCCAGAUGAAGAAACCACAACCGAAGUACCGACUAACCCACCGACUAAUCCACCGACUAAUCCUCCAACUGAUCCACCAACAACACAGCCCCCUCAAACUACUGAUGCUCCAUCAAGUGCACCGACAGGAGUAAUUUUAUCGUUUGGAAUUGCUAUUGUUUGUUUGGCAUUACAUUUGUGAGUCAGUUUAGGCAUUUUUAGAAUAGAUGAAGACUGCACCAAAUUUUGGGUCAAUAAAGUUUUUCUUGAGAUUAUCAA